UUCAACUUUCACUUCGAGUGGCGGUUUUUGGAGCACUUUGCUUCUUGAGGGCCAUAAGUUGUUGGGGGAGUUGUGGUUCCGUCGAACAGUUAUGUUUUAGUAAAACCCGUACACGCACGCAAUCACGGCACAAGUCAGCACCAAAAAUCAGAAAUCAUGGCCGAGCUACGAAGUCGCCACAAUGGAACAAAUUCGGUGGUGAAGGAAAGCCAAGCUACCAACCACAACAACAACAAGUUCGAUAAGGAACCAACGAAAAAUGGAAAACCGGAAAAGGGUGACCCAAUGAUAUACAUAAUUUUCGUUUCACUGCUCUUUGAUUUGCUGGCCUUCACGAUUAUUCUGCCGCUGCUGCCCUCACUUUUGGAGUAUUACCGAAAAAACGAUAGUUCCGGGCUUUACGAUGUUCUUACGGAUCGAGUGCGUUGGUUCCAGCAGCUCCUUGGCGCCCCGGAACGCUAUAUAUCGGUUCUAUUUGGAGGCUUCCUUGGCUCAAUGUUCAGCUUCCUGCAGUUCGUGGCCAGUCCGAUUGUCGGAGGACUUUCGGAUUACUACGGCAGGAAACCUGUCUUGCUGGUUUGUGCGUCUGGCAUUGCGCUGUCCUAUCUGAUCUGGGCCUGCUCCAGCAACUUCGCUCUUUUCGUUUUGGCCCGCUUUGUGGGUGGCAUUAGCAAGGGCAACAUAUCCCUGUGCAUGUCCGUCAUCACGGAUGUGUCCAGUGUAAAGACCCGGGGACGCGGCAUGGCCCUGGUAGGCGUGGCCUUCUCCCUGGGCUUCAUUGUGGGUCCCAUGAUUGGAGCCCUGUUCGCAAUAUUCUCGGAUAAAAGUGGCGGCUCCUGGUUUGUGCUGCCCUCUUUGCUAGCUUUUGGCCUGGCAAUUGGUGAUCUUUUGGUAUUGGCAUGCUGCCUGCGAGAAACAUUGCCCAAGGAGAAACGUGUAAAAGAGAUAUCAUCCGCACUGUCAUAUGGCCUACAAUUGCUCAACUUCUCGGCCAUAUUUAGAUUUGCUGCCAUCAAAAAUGUGCCCAAGAAAGACAUCGAGUCUCUGCGAUCCAUUGGUCUGAUAUACUUCCUUUACCUCUUUCUCUAUUCUGGAUUGGAGUUCACCGUUACCUUUCUGAUGUACCAUAAAUUUGGUUACACUUCGAUGGAUCAGGCUAAGAUGUUUUUGACUACAGGUAUUAUAAUGACUUUGCUGCAGGGAUCGGUCGUCCGACGUCUGCCCGAGGCAAAGAUUAAGGGCUAUGCCAUCUUUAGUCUGUACCUUAUUGUACCUGCGUUCGUAUUAGUCGGCUUGGCGGAGGGCAGUCGAAUGCUCUACGCCGGCAUGACCCUUUUUGCAAUCUCCACCGCCUUCGCUGUCACCUGCCUGACCACCUUGGUCUCCAAAUACGGCAACGAUGACCAGAAGGGUUCCGUUUUGGGCAUAUUCCGGUCACUGGGAGCUUUGGCUCGUGCUCUGGGUCCUGUAGUUGGCUGCAUUGCUUUUUUGGUGCGUGGGCUCUCGAAUCACCUAUAUUGCCGGCGGUCUACUGCUCAUUUAUCCCGCAAUGGCCUUGCAGCGCGCUCGAAUUUAAGUGCAAUAAGAACAAAGUUUAUUAAUCACUCCAGAGAUCAAAGCAAGUAUUAGCUGCACAUUAUACUUAAUUUAUUGUUUUAUACAACAAGUAUUUUAUAUUAAAAUAAAAACUUUUAUACUCUGUUUUAUAA